UUGUCGUCAUGUUUGUGAAAGCACACGAGCAGGAGUCACAAUGGACUUCAAUCUGGCUGCAGCUUUAGAUGGGGAUGGUGGUGCUGUGAAGAAGGCCGAGGCUCAGAAGGAUGAGUUCUGGCAUAAGAAGAAGGAUAAGGAUAAGGGAGACAGCAAGGACAAGUGUGGAAGUAAGCACAAGUCUGGCAAAAAGGACAAGUCUGAUAAAGAUAAAAAGCACAAGUCAAAGGACAAAGAUUGCAAAGACCACAAGAACAAGCACAAGAAGCACAAGGGAAAGAAGGAGGGAAAGAAAUCAGGCUCCUCAUCCUCAUCCUCAUCCUCUUCAUCCUCCAGUAGUGACGAGGAAUGAUGCUUUCUGUGGGACUGGACUGCUCCGUUAGUCUUUAUGAUCUUGUGUAUUGAAAAGAAUGACUGUGUAGUAGUAGUAUCACAUUGUCUUUUUGUCCUUUCAUUGAUGUCACAGGAAAAAAAUGCUGGUUUUAUGUAAACAAAUCUGCCGAUUAAAUAAAGGGAAUGUUAACAAUAAA